AUGUUUUGUUUCUCCGAGUGGAGGCUAGAGUUACGUCUAUGUCCUGCCACGACAUUAAUGCAUUCAGCAGUCGAAAAAGCUCGAUUCGGAUCUUCUUUGGCGAACGGUCACGGCGAUUACCAUUCGGUUCGGUCUUCUCGCCUUGUUUCGGUCGAUCGGUCGACAUCGAUGCGGUUCGAGUUCCUUGCCUCGUGUACACUAUUCGGUCGGUCCGUAGCACCUCGAAGUCUUCCAACCUCACUUUCCCUCUUCGAUUCCCCCCACGUUCGAUUUCAGCUUCCCGCUAUUUCCCGACGCCCUUCCCAAACCCGAUGCGAAACACUCGAUAUUCAAGGUUUGUAUACUUUGCGCCUGCUACUAGAUAGCCCCAUGUUGUUUUGUGACUGUGACUUGUAUUGUCUAUGUAUUGAGCGGCUUGUAAGCUUAGUUUUCGUUCAAUGUACGCCCGGACUGUUGAGAUUUGCCGCGUUCUCGUGA